AUGGUGGCGGGAUGGCAGGUGAGCCUGGAAGAGUCCAUGCAAGGCAUGGUGCCCAAGAUGGCGCGCUCCGUCGCGCACAAGAGGCUGCCGCCAGUGCCAGAUGGCCUGCGCAAGGAUGAGAAGGGGAGGCCCCCCACGUCGAUUAUGCUCUUCUAUCAGUAUGUUGAGCCUGCUUGGAGCGCAAAGCAGCAUCGGAGAGCCCUCACAUUUGUGCAUGAUCUUGGGCGAAAGCAUGGAGUGACUGGUAGAGGACGGUGCUCUGCCGAAGGUCUGAAUUGCACUCUCACCGGCACUGCGGAGGGGGUCCGUGCAUUUGCACAAGGAUUGCGGGAUUGGGAUGCGCUGUUCGACGACACGGAUUUCAAGAUCACCGACGGCUUGGAGCACCACAAGAAGUUCAAGAGCCUCACCAUCCAGAAGAAAGAAGAGCUUGUUGCUUACGGCUUGCCUGUCAGUGCUGCGCCGUCGCUCAAAGAGAAUGACACUCAGCAUGUGGAGGCGGAUGAGUACCACAAGAUGAUGUCGGAGCCGAACACCGUCAUCAUAGACGUGAGGAACAGGUACGAAACCGAGAUCGGUCACUUCCAGCCGCCGCAAGGUGGCGCUGAGUUCAUCGAUCCCAAGGUGCGCAACAGCCACGAGCUGCCGAAGUGGUUGGCCAUGCCGGAGACGCAGGAUGCGCUGAAGGGGAAGAAGGUGAUGAUGUACUGCACUGGCGGGAUUCGAUGUGAGCGAUUCUCCGCCCUGAUGACGCAGCUGAAGCAAGACAAUCCUGACUUCCAGACCGACGGGGAGUUCAUGCUGCGAGGAGGGAUCGAGCGCUACGUCCGGACUUUUCCCGAAGGAGGGUUCUGGAAGGGGAAGAACUUCCUCUUUGACAAGCGGCAAGAGCAGGUGCCUGAAAAGAAGCCCAGUGAGGAGUUGCAAGAGGAGGUUGAGAGCAAAUGCUGCGUUUGCAAGAAGCUUUGGGGCCUGUACCGCGGGCAAUUCAAGUGCUCCCACGAGGACUGCCAAGUGCCGGUGAUCGUUUGCUCUGACUGCCGGCCGGACGUUGAGUUGAAGCAGCCGUGGCUGCAGUGCCCCUUGUGCGAGGCGAGGGCCGGGGGAGGACAUGCGCCGGGGGUAGCCUUGCGGUUGUAA